UGUCCUCAGACUGACUGGAAAGUGGAAACUUAUUGAGAGGACUGAAGAAAUUUCAAACUCCAAACAGGAGCGAGAGAAGGAGAGAGCAGAGCAGAGGACCAUCCGCCUACAACAUUACACCUCUGCGGACAUCUGAGGCUCAGUAAAGUCCAGAAGAGCUCUGCAUUCUCCAGCUAUAACACUGACCUGUGAGAAGAACUUGCGGUGGAUGUAAGAGCGCUCAGAGGCAGAAGAAAUGAGCAGAGGAACAGCGAAAGAGCCGCACGGAUGCCAGCGCAACUUCACACUGAUCAUCGUGUUGCUCGUAGUCAACUGCGGGGCAGAGAUUUCUUCAGACCCAAAUGUGGUGGCCGCCUCCAGUUGGAACAUGUCCAGAGGAGCUGAAAGAGAUCACUUCCUAAGGCUGGAUGCUCCGAUGAAUAAUAUCACUACCUCCCUCGGACAGACAGCUGAGCUACAUUGCCACGUUUCAGGGAAUCCACCACCCACAGUCCGCUGGCUUAAAAACGAUGCCCCUGUGGUCCAGGAGCCGCGGCGUAUCUCUUACAGGCCCACUCAGUAUGGCUCCCGCCUAAGAAUCCGAAACCUGGACACCACAGACACUGGCUACUUUCAGUGUGUGGCUACCAACACCUAUGGCACAGUAUCUACCACAGGAAUCCUGUUUGUCAAGUUUGAUCCUGCUCCCACCACUCUGCCUGGAAGGCCUUCACCAGAUGAUUUUGACGAGGAAGGUUUCUGCCAGCCGUACAGAGGGAUCGCGUGUGCUCGCUUCAUAGGAAACAGGAGUAUCUUCGUAGACUCGCUUCAGAUGCAGGGCGAGAUUGAGACCCAAAUCACAGCGGCGUUCACUAUGAUUGGCACCUCCAAUCACCUGUCAGAUCGCUGCUCCCAGUUUGCUAUCCCCUCCUUGUGCCAUUUUGCCUUCCCGACAUGUGACCGCAGCUCUGGCAUGGAGAAACCACGGGAUUUAUGCAAGGACGAGUGUGAGAUUCUGGAGAAUGACUUGUGUAAGACUGAGUACAUCAUCGCUCGCUCCAACCCUCUCAUCCUCAAACGUCUCAAACUGCCCAACUGUGAAGACCUGGCCGCUUCGGACAGCCCCGAGGCUGCCAACUGCAUAAGAAUAGGCAUUCCAAUAGCUGAAACCAUAAAUAAAAGCCACAAAUGUUAUAACAACACUGGUUCAGACUACCGUGGCACAGUCAGUGUGACUAAAUCUGGUCGACAGUGUCAACCGUGGAACUCACAGUAUCCCCACAGCCACACCUUCCUAGCCAUGCGUUACCCAGAGCUCAACGGGGGACAUUCCUAUUGUCGCAACCCUGGCAACAAGCACGACGCUCCCUGGUGCUUCACCCUAGAUGAGAGUGUGCGCAUGGAGCUAUGUGACAUUCCUCCAUGUGAUUUGCCAAAGCAUGGCAGCAGCAGUAUGGGGAUCCUGUACAUCCUGGUACCAAGCGUGGCUAUACCGCUGGCCAUCGCCCUGCUGUUCUUCUUCAUUUGUGUGUGCCGGAACAACCAGAAAGCCUCACGUCCACCAGUGCCACGCCAGCCCAAACCUGUCCGUGGCCAGAACGUCGAAAUGUCCAUGCUCACGGCCUACAAACCAAAGAGCAAAGCCAAAGAACUUCCUCUGUCUGCAGUGCGCUUCAUGGAGGAAUUGGGCGAGAGUGCCUUUGGUAAGAUCUACAAAGGUCACCUAUACCUGCCAGGAAUGGAGCACGCUCAGCUGGUGGCCAUAAAAACAAUGAAGGACAUCUCAAGUGCACAACACUGGGGGGAUUUCCAGCAGGAAGCAUCUGUCCUGGCAGAACUUCAUCAUCCCAAUGUGGUUUGUCUUCUGGGUGUCGUGACCCAGGAGCAGCCUGUCUGCAUGCUCUUUGAGUUCCUGGCCCAAGGGGACCUCCACGAAUUCCUCAUCAUGCGCUCUCCCCAUUCAGAUGUGGGCUGCAGUAGCGAUGAAGACGGUACCGUCAAGUCCAGCCUUGACCAUGCAGACUUCCUGCACCUGGCCAUUCAGGUUGCAGCUGGGAUGGAGUACCUCGCCAGCCAUUUUUUCGUCCACAAAGACCUUGCGGCAAGAAACAUCCUGGUCGGUGAGCAGCUUCACAUCAAGAUUUCCGAUCUUGGCUUGUCGAGAGAAAUCUACGCUUCUGAUUAUUACAGAGUCCAACCCAAAACGCUCCUUCCUAUUCGCUGGAUGCCACCAGAGGCCAUCAUUUACGGGAAGUACACCACAGACUCUGACAUUUGGGCAUUCGGUGUGGUUCUGUGGGAGAUCUUCAGCUUUGGCCUGCAGCCCUAUUAUGGUUUUAGCAACCAGGAAGUGAUAGAGAUGGUACGGAAGAGGCAGCUGCUACCCUGCCCCGAGGAUUGUCCUCCUCGCAUGUACGCGCUGAUGACGGAGUGCUGGCAGGAGGGUCCCGCCCGCAGGCCGAGAUUUAAAGACAUACACAGCCGACUACGUGCUUGGGAGGGUCUGUCCUCCCACGCCAGCUCCAGUACACCAUCUGGAGGCAACGCCACCACCCAGACUACCUCUCUGAGUGCCAGCCCCGUCAGCAACCUCAGCAGCCCGCGCUACGCCGGAUACAUCUACGGAGCUCCGCAGACCCUCCCGCCGGGACAAAUCGCGGGCUUCAUGGCGGCGCAGAUGCCACAGACCCAGCGUUUUAUACCUGUAAAUGGAUACCCUAUCCCACCUGGCUAUGCUGCUUUCCCCGCAGCCCAUUUCACCACAUCUCAGGGCCCUCCGCAGGUGGUGCAGCACUGCCCUCCGCCGAAAAGCCGGUCGCCCAGCAGCGCCAGCGGCUCAACCAGCACGGGUCAUGUGACCAGCGUCCCCUCCACAGGCUCCAAUCAUGACGCCAACACACCCUUGCUUUCUCAUUGUGUCACUCUGACGCCCAUGACAGCAGUGCCGGGCGGCACAAUGCAAGUUUUUGGACAUAUGGCACAGAAGGCCAUGCAAAUAGACCCAAGUCAGGCAGCACUGCUGGCUGACACUAACAGACUGAUGUACAGUGAUUCCAUCAUUACUGCCGAUUUGUGAAUACAUGAUGUUUUGUCCUGUAUAUUGAUAAUUAUUGAUAUUUUAAUGUUUUUUUUUCUUCCUUGUAAAUAUGAAAUAGCCUGAACAAAAUGCGAAAGUUUAUAUUUUAAUGUUGUUUUUAUAAAUGUGUCUUGUAUAUUCACAUAUUCUCUGUGAAGCUUCAUGCCACUUUUUUCGGCUCAAUAGGACACAAUGUGGCAGAACAGCCUUAAAAUGUCCUUUUUUUAACCAGAACUUUGAAAUAAUGCCCUUUCAAGGAUAUUUUUGACAGAGCUGUUGCUUUAUCAUCACUUUUGUCUCCUUUUUCAUUCAUCAACGACUUGGAAACUUCCCGGAAGGCUUCGGAAUGUCUUGAUCUCUGUCCGUCAUUGGAUUUUGGAUGUAUUGAAUGAGUUAAAUUUCAUUAUUAUUGUAUUGAAAUCUAACUCUAUAGCAGAAUUAAGGGAAUAGUUUUGCAAAUAUGUAUCACCAAUGCCUUAAUAUGAAAAAAAUACGUCGCUUUAAUUAUGGCCACCAUAUGUGCCUGCGUUUUAUUAUGAAUUCAGGCAUGUGUACUUGUGGGAGACAAUGUGUUCUGUGAGAUUCUUCUGUUACUGUGGUGUUAUUCAAAUGAUUUCAACGCGAGACACAUCAGGGCUACGUCCGAAAGCUUAGGCAGCUGACUUUUUGCCUUGUUGCCCUGUAAGCCAAUGACUUCUCAGGCAACGCUUUUAUCUCUCUUACAACAAAGAGAGAUAAAACUUUGGUGCUAACCAAGAAAAUAUUUAAAUACCACAAUAUUAACUUCUCGCCAGAAAUCAAGUUAAGUCAAAACUGACUGCUAACCGCAGCCUUCAGAUGUCAUUUUCAUCAUAAGCAGAUGAAGAUAUCAAGACAGGAUGUGUCACAAUCAUAAGAUGGGACAUGCCUUUUUUGCCUGCCUACCUUUGUAUGCAGCAUUGUUCAGCUUUCGGAUGCAGCCCAGAUUAUUUAUGUAAUCUUUUGGUCAUUGAAUGUUGCCUGUAAGGCCAUAAUAUAGCUGAAAUUCAGGCAAUCAUAAAACAUUCACAAGGUUUCUGUGUAUACUCUAUAUGUGCCUUAACCAAGGCAUAUUUCAAACUGCCAGAAUAGCAUUUCAUUCGUCUAAAUGAGUCGUAAACUUUUCACAUCACUGUUGGGCUAAGCAUAUGUGAAAUAUGUCUUAUUAAUGAUGCAGAACUUUUCUAACAUGAACGCCUCACUACCUAUAGAAUGUAAUGCCUAAAAAUUCCUCUAGAGGUCAGUGUCACUCUGCGACUCUGAUUGAAUGAAGUUCUUUAUGUUUGUCUCACGGUAAUACUGUAUGUACCUGCCAUUUUUCAGCUUUCAUUUGCUGUUUGUUAACUUUCUAAUCUCUCUGAGUUUGUAGCAUGUUUAAACAGGGAUUAAACAGAAUUGAUCAUUUUAGCAAGCAGCUGUAUGUCAUGUUCAUUCUCAUUUUGGUUUGUUGCUAUGCAACUGUUUAUUUCAAAGACACUCUUUUCCUGUGUUGAAGACAAUCAAGAAUUUAUCUUUUAUGCAGGGUACAGUGUUUGUGAAGACAUGAUUGCUUGUGACCUUUAAAAUGCCUUUUGGACAAUCUCAUGAUGUGUCAUGACAUUUCAUGAACAGACAUUAUGCAUGGAAAACUGAUUUGUAGAUCAAUGGUUUAUUUUUAUAUGAUUUGACACACUAUUUUACAUCAAUAUUGCAGUCUUAUUAUUGUACGUCUGAACAUACAGUGUGUUGACAUUAUAAAAGCCACUUAAAGAAACA